AUGAAACUCGCAGUUGCUGUAUUGUCAUCGAUCUUGCUUGCCCUCUCGGUUACUACAGCCAAUCCAGUCAAUCCCAGUGCAACUACAGAUGUUGAAACUAGCAUUUCAACCGUCAUUCCCAGUGCAACUACAAGUACUGAAGCUAGCACCUCGUCAACUCCUAAUCCAAAAGGUAUAGGCUUGGGUGCUCUUGAUCCACUUCCAGGUAACGUCAAGGAAUUGCUCAAGGAAUACGUAAAGAUACAGGAUAAUCGUAAUCAGCAAAGAAAAAUAUGUUGGUUGUUACAAUCUCAAUCUGACAUUCAACGUAAGGUGGUAAUGGGCUUGGAAAAAAAGCUUGAAACUCUGGAAAAGAAACCUCAAGGAAAAGGUGGCAGUUCAAAACACAAUGACAAGAUUCGAAAGGCUGAGUCUAAUCUUGAAAAACAAUAUUCCAAAUUUGUCAAACUUCAAAGAAGUCUUUAUGAGUGCGAGUCUGAGAUUGAUGAUCUUGCACAAAAAGAAUGGGAAAUCAAUCAACAUAUUGCGAGUCUCGUUUUCGGAACCACUACGAAUGUUGCAACAGUUGAUUUCCAAACUUCUACUAUCAAAGAAAUGCCUUCCGUUAAAGAUUACCUUGAAAAGCAAUCAUUAAAAAACAAGGAUCUUGACCGAAAAUCUGGUGGUCGACGAAAGCAUCGAAAAUCUGGUGAUCAACGAAAACACAAAGAUUUUCAACCAUUAUUGAAUGAAGAAUCGGAUGAUGCAUCCGAUGAAGAAUCUGGAUCUGGAUCCUCUAGGCAGAAAGUGCCCUCCAAAAAACGGAAAAGGGUUUCCAAGCUUAUGGAUGGAUUGGGAUCAUUCUUUAAGCGACCCGGAGAUGACGAUCGCGAACCAUUGACUUGA